CUGACGGCCGAUGAAGACAUUUUAAAAUAAACACAUAGCUAGCUGCUAACAGGGUUCGCGAAGGUGCGAUCACACUGCGCCAAAACACGUUCAAAUUCGUCCAAAUUGUAAAGGAGUUAAGUAUAUUUUAGCAGUGCAUUGUUUGUGUGUCGCAAAUCAAAGAGGCUACAAAUUAAUGAAGAUGUGGAAAAGUCUGACACUGGGAAAAGAAGAAUAUAACUAACGCCGCGCAGGUGAGCUACUGUCCAGGCACAUUGGUCCAUGUUUGUUGGACCUUUGGGCUCUGGGCUUAAUUAGCAUGAAGAUGGCUGAUUCAGAGAAGGCAGAGGAAUUUGUGGAUGCUGAGUGCCCCUUAGAGUGCCUCGAUGAAGCACAAUCAGCCACUGCUUCUGUUCAGGGAGAGCAGGAUGAGCUUCUGAAAACAGAGACUACCACUAGUACCAGUUCACCACCGAGGGAAAAGGAGGCAGACAGCCCCUUCCAUACAGAGGGUGAGCAGAGUCUCCUCUCCAUGCCAUGUUUGAUGAAGGAGCUCCGCCGAGACUCCCCAGAGUCCCAGCAUGCUUCUACAGGGAGUGACAAGCCCGUAUCUCAUCAUAUCUACGAGAGUGACUCCUCAAACCCCUGCAUGCUCUCCCCCUCUUCCAGUGGCCACCUUGCUGACUCAGACACACUCUCCUCAGGGGAAGAAGGUGCUGCUCCUCCCGUAGGAGCAGAGGGCAACAUGGAAGCUACAAAUGAUCCUGGGCAGGCAGCAGGAAGGCAAACAUCUGCCCCAGCCACAGGGGGGAGGAAGUCUCGGCGUUCACGUUCAGAGAGCGAGAUGCCUCCUAAUGCGAUGGUUGCAAAGAAAAACCGCUGCCAGCCCACCAUGGUAGCCGCCGGAGGGCAGGAAAAACAAACCAAUGGCAAGAUGGCAAAAGUGAAAGGUCACCGGAGCCAAAAACAUAAGGAGCGAAUGCGUUUGCUGAGGCAAAAACGAGAAGCAGCAGCACGGAAGAAGUAUAACCUGCUGCAGGACAGCAGUACAAGUGACAGCGAGCUCACAUGUGACUCCAGCACCAGCUCCUCUGAGGAUGACGAUGAUGACACUUCAGGAGGUAGCAAGACAAUCAAGACAGAUAUUUCAGCUGGCUUCAGACGUGCAUCGGAGAGAUCCAGAGUGGGCGCCCACAUUCAUGGGCUGCUGGACACCGGUUCGUGGGACAGGAACGGCAUCGGCAGUGUUCUGGAGGAGGCCAUGACGCGCUUUGCUGUGAUGCAGCGCCAGACUGAGGAGCGCUUCCGCAUCUGGAUGGAAAAGCUUGCACACCUCGACUCGGACAACGACUCGUCCAAACGCUCAAGUGAUGCCCUAGAGGGGCAGCAGCAUCCCUCCCAGGGGGCACGGCCUUCCCCACCCAGUUCUUAUUUGCCAUCGUCAGAGUCUGCAGAGACUAUGGCUGCCUAUAUGUUGGCACGAGAGAGCAACACUCUCACCCCCACCCCCAUAAAUAACAACAACAUCCUACCUGAAGUGGUCACUCAGAAUGGAAAUCUAGGUGUUCCAGACCCUGGUCUCUUGAAUGUUUAGAUUACACUUCUACUUUUACUCCUCGCUGUUUCAUACUUUGAUCCUACCAAGUGUAGAACUAGUUGAUGCAGAAAGCAUGGCAUUGGGUAUUAAUAAGUAAAUGAUGUGAGGUCACUAAACAGAAACACCAUCAACAGCAGCUGGGCCUGAUCUUGUCAUUUGAACUUGACUCUGAGCAGACCUGAGGCCCGGUGCAUCUGCUGGCACUGAAUCACUGUGAGAUUUGACAUUCUGAAUAAUUCAACUCACCUGUUUGAUUUCUGCAUCAUCUGUGACACGGACACGGUUUAGACGGUUGAGUCAGGGCUCUUAUUGUAUUGCUUAUUGUAUGGCUUGUUUGUUAUGUUGACCGGCUGUACACACACAUAAACAGAGUAGCUGAUUAUGUCGUUCAUACAGAAGGUGCAUUACAGCACCUGGGCAGCCGUCAUGACAGAGCAAGGUGGGGUGCUGCUGCUUAAUAGCAUGUGCCUUGUCAUUCUGACUUCAUGCUGGGAAUGAUAGAUAGAGCAUCAUAGUACUGUUUCUUUAGACAUUAGGUUCAGCAUUCUGCAUUACCCUUCUUUCCCCUGAACUAUUUGCACCUGUGAUUGGUUCAGGUCUUUUUAAAAGUAUUUUGGUGGCAUAGCUUUACUAACAUCAAAACAUUUAAACAUAUUUGCCUAUAAAUAUAAACACCAUAUACUAACCUACACAAUUUCUUGCUUUCUAAAAUCCUAUUACGUAAUAAGUUUUUAUUUUAUUUUUUUAUGUUUACCUUUCUGUUACAUUUGCUGCUAUCACUGCCUUUGUGCAGUAACAAGAAACUAGUGAGGGAGGAUUGACUCCCAGUGUUUAUUUUUAGUAGCCUAUGUAUAGAUUAUAGACAUCGGAUAAGGCAUGGGUUCCUUUGUUGUGGCCAUUAGCUGCAAUGUCAAGAGCCUCAAAUCUUCACUCGUAAUAUUCGCCUAGUUCAUUUUUAUUUGCACUGCUCUGCCAGCUUGGCCUAUGUCUCCACAUGGAAGUGUGUUUGUUACGCAGCUUGACUUUAAACUGAAAACCCAGGCAUCAAACUCUCAAAUAUACAGCAGUAAUACAGCUGCAGUAUGGUGCAUGGCAAUGUUUACCGACCUCCUAAAAACUGACUGAUCCAAGUGAUCAAGUGGCCUUCUCUGGUUCAGAUCCUGUGGUCUUUGAGGUGGAAACACUCCUCAACCCUCUUCUCAAACUACUUUUUACUGAUGUAGAUGACCAUGGUGUCACAGUUCUUAACACUGCUAAACACUAUCUAACCAUCACAGGCAUUGAUGAAGGAAUCUUUGGCCUAAUCAUAUUUAUAGUUAGGAUGUGUUUAAAAAAAAAAAAAAAAAGUGUUACAUUUUCUGUAUGUGUAUAUGUAGCCCUAUAACUGUCGGUUUUCCAAAACUGAAUGCCGGAAGCAUUGUUUCCCCACCUGUUUGCAUGUGAUUCUAGUAGUAUAUAGGGAGCGCAAGGCCAAAUUAGUUUUCAUCAGCAGCAUGUGUGCAAGGUGUAGCUUUGCUUGUGCAGAUAAAUGGUGACUGAUGGAACAUUUGAUCUAUUUAGUUAUUUCCUCUUGGCCUAAUGGUUUUGUUUCAAAUUGUGUGAUUUAUUGGUGUUUUUGUUUCAUAGCGCAUAAUUUCUUUUUCUUUUUUUCGGCCAUUUGGUUUUAAAUGGAUCCAACAACUGCUGUCCUGCAUUUGUUAAAACUGAAAUUACCUUUACCUUUUAAAUCAGCUGUUUUACCAACAUGGUAAAGAGAGCCUUGUGCAUACAAUCCCAAACUGUGUGCAUUAGAAACAACACUAAGGACAGUCCAUUGUUUACCAAAGAGACACUCCUGGUUUACAUUAGUCCUUUUUCUAUCUUUAAUACAUUGCCUUUACAUUGGCAAGUCCUCAGUUUCUCUGGUAACCCUGGUACCUGCCUAUUUCAGCUAUUCAUAGGCAGUGCUCUCUCAUAGUACAUGCUGUCCUGACAACCCCCCCCCACACACACACACACACCCACCCACCCACCCACCGGACAAGUCUGUGUGUGUGUGUUUCUCCUUUUUACAGGGUAGAACAAAGACGCAUGUUUCCGCUCUUCCACAGUUAUUCCGUUGUUUGGCUUUUAUAUUCCCACUACAUUUCAUUCACAGAGUAAGAUCAUUUUGAAGUGUUUUGUAACGACUGUAUUCUAGUGUAGUUUUUAUGUGAAUGGCUGUUAUUUUAAAAGCAAUAAAUGGAAAGAAAAAGGAAAAAAAAGCUAUUGCUGCAAAAUGUUUUUUUUUUAUUACACUGCAAACACAAUGAUUCUUAUAGUAUAAAAGCCUCUGUAGUGUAGCUUUGAAAGGUGGUGAUAACCUUAUUCAGAGGUCAGACUAGUGCUGUCAAAUUCAAUGAGCCAAAAUGUUCAAUCUUGGUGUAAACCUUUGCAUCUGGAGAAAAUAGGGUGUACAUUUAUUGUGUAGAUGCUGCAGUUAGCAGGUAUUUGGAUGCAGUGUCCAGUCUCUGUUCCAAACAAUCCUCCUAUUCCCAGGCAUGAUUUGAAUAAUGAAGUGUUUUCUUUGUUU